UUUUUCCAUAGCUUUAUUGAGAUGCAUACAUCAUCCAGUUCACCCGUUUUAAGUGUACAGUUCAGGCUAUGUACAGAAUUGUACAGCUACCACCAUGGUCAGUUUUAGAAGAUUUUUCCUUACAUCAAGAAUAAACCCAUACACUUUUGCUUUUCCUAGCCCUCCCCAUUCUGCCUUCUCCCCAGCCUCUGACAACCAUUAAUCUGCCUUCUAUCUCUAUGGAUUUGCCUGUUCUUGAUGUUUCGUAUAAAUGAGGCCAUAAACUAUGUGGUCCUUUUGUCUUGAUUUCUUUCACUUUGCAUAAUGUUUUCCAGGGACAUCCAUGUUUUAGCAUGUGUCAGAAUUUCUUUCCUCUUACGGCUCAAUAAUAUUCCAUUGUAUGGAUUUACCACAUUUUGUUUAUCCAUUCAACCGUGGAUAGAACAUUUGGAUUGUUUCCACCUCUGAACUAUUGUAAAUAGUGCUGCUGUGAACAUUUGCAUGCAGGUUUUUAGGUGGACAAAUGUUUUCAUUUCUCUCAGGCAUAAAUCCUAGGAGUAGAAUUUCUGGGUAACAUGGUAACUGUGUUUAACCAUUUGAGGAGCUAUCAAACUGUUUUCCAAGGUGAUUGCACCACCUGACACUCCUACAGGCAAGGUCAUCCUCAUCAACUUUUUUUUUUUUUUAAUUAAAUCAUAGCUGUGUACAUUAAUGCAAUUAAGGGGUACAAUGUGCUGUUUUUAUAUACAAUUUGAAAUACUUUCAUCCAAGGCUAACAUAGCCUUCACAUCAUCAACUUUUUGAUUCUAUCCAGCUUAGUGGCAGUCAUUCAGUAAAUAGUGAUUAAGGCUCAUGUGCUGGGUACUGUGAACUCUGGUGCACAGUCAGGUGACCCUGCCUUCUUGGCAUUUCCAUGCUAGUGUGCUGCAAAGGUACCCUAGCCACGUGGCACUAGUUAUCACUGGUUUGAGCUUAUAGGCACUCACUGCAUCCUAGCCACCCUUCCAAGCUCUUAGGUGAACUCAGUUACACAUGGGGAGGUAUGCCUUUGCCCAUCUCUCUGCAAGGGACAGCAUGUGACCACUCCAGUCUAUAGCUGGCUUAGCUGAUUUGACAGUAUCUUAUAAAAGCAGGUCCCUACCAGGACAGAAGGAGUUGGAGGGGCUCUGGGACUCUGAUUAGUAUGGCGAAGACAAAUUGCAUGGUGUGGAUGUCCCUCCAGCAGGAGAGGUCUGUGGGCAGGGCCAGGCAGCCCCAGUGUUUAGACCCUGACCCAGUUCUUUUGUCUCUCCCUGUACCCCGUGCAGCUGCCACCAUGGCACAGACGCUGCAGAUGGAGAUCCCAAACUUUGGCAACAGCAUCUUGGAGUGCCUCAAUGAGCAGCGGCUGCAAGGCCUAUACUGUGAUGUGUCUGUGGUGGUCAAAGGCCAUGCCUUCAAGGCUCACCGGGCUGUGCUGGCCGCCAGCAGCUCCUACUUCCGGGACCUCUUCAACAGCAGCCGCAGCGCGGUGGUGGAACUGCCGGCAGCUGUGCAGCCUCAGUCUUUCCAACAGAUCCUUAGCUUCUGCUAUACAGGCCGGCUGAGCAUGAACGUGGGUGACCAGUUUCUGCUCAUGUACACCGCUGGCUUCCUACAGAUCCAGGAGAUCAUGGAGAAGGGCACCGAAUUCUUCCUCAAGGUGAGCUCCCCAAGCUGCGACUCCCAGGGCCUGCACGCCGAAGAGGCCCCAUGGUCCGAGCCCCAGAGCCCUGUGGUGCAGACGUCAGGCUGGCCAGCCUGUAGCACCCCUCUGUCCCUUGUGUCACGGGUCAAGACGGAGCAGCAGGAAUCGGACUCUGUGCAGUGCACGCCUGUGGCCAAGCGGCUGUGGGACAGCAGCCAGAAGGAGGCUGGAGGCAGCGGCAACGGGAGCCGCAAGAUGGCCAAGUUUUCUACGCUAGACCUGGUUGCCAACCGGCCACACCAGCAGGCCCCAGUGGUGGCAGCAGCCCAGCCCACUGGGGUGGCAGCAGUGGUGGUAGCAGCAACAGGGGCUGGGGCCGGGGCCGGGGCCGGGGCUGGGGCCGGGGCCGGGGCUGGGCAGCCAGCCAGUGGGGCCACGGGGGGAGUGGUGAUCGGGCUCAGCACAUCCGAGCGGACCAGCCCAGGCACUUCGAGCGCCUACACCAGCGAUAGCCCUAGUUCCUACCACAAUGAGGAGGACGAGGAGGAGGACGGGGGCGAGGAGGGUACAGACGAGCAAUACCGACAGAUCUGCAACAUGUACACCAUGUACAGCAUGAUGAACGUCAGCCAGACAGCUGAGAAGGUGGAGGCCCUCCCUGAGCAGGUGACCCCUGAGUCCCGCAAUCGCAUCCGGGUACGGCAAGACCUGGCCUCUCUCCCCACUGAGCUCAUCAACCAGAUUGGCAACCGCUGCCACCUCAAGCUCUAUGAUGAGGGCGACCCCUCCGAGAAGCUGGAGCUGGUAACAGGUACCAACGUGUACAUCACAAGGGCACAGCUCAUGAACUGCCAUGUCAGCGCAGGCACACGGCACAAGGUCCUGUUGCGGCGGCUCCUGGCAGCCUUCUUUGACCGGAACACACUGGCCAACAGCUGUGGCACCGGCAUCCGCUCUUCUAGCAACAACCCCACCCGCAAGCCACUGGACAGCCGUGUCCUUCAUGCUGUCAAGUACUACUGCCAGAACUUCGCCCCAAACUUCAAGGAGAGUGAGAUGAAUGCCAUUGCAGCUGACAUGUGUACCAACGCCCGCCGCGUCGUGCGCAAGAGCUGGAUGCCCAAGCUCAAGGUGCUCAAGACCGAGGGUGAUGCCUACACCACCUUCAUCAGCGAAACGGGCAAGAUAGAGCCAGACAUGAUGAGUGUGGGCAAGAUAGAGCCAGACAUGAUGGGCGUGGGCAAGAUAGAGCCAGACAUGAUUGGUGUGGGCAAGAUAGAGCCAGACAUGAUGGGUGUGGGCAAGAUAGAGCCAGACAUGAUUGGUGUGGGCAAGAUAGAGCCAGACAUGAUGGGUGUGGAGCAUGGCUUUGAGACAGCUGGCCAUGAGAGUGAGGCAGGCCCCUCGGCUGAGGGCCUGCAGUAACCCAUACCAGACCCUCCCCUCAGGCUGCACACUCCCUCUCCCAUCACACCCCUGCCCACCAUCUUGGUCACUAGCUACUGUCUGUUCCUCCCCAGGAGACCCAUGGGGGGAUGCUGCAUGCUCCCAGCCCCUCUGCCUCCCCUCUUCUACCCUCUUCCCCCAACACGAGCCAGCUGGGUGGGAGAGGACAGAGGAUGCCAGGGCAGGUGACCGAGGUCCAUGCUGCCUUCUUUAACACAUACUAGUGCAGUCGGGAGCUCUGAUUCCUCCCCUAACCCCUAGCAAUCAUCUCUCCACUCACCAGGCCCACCAGGGAGAGGGGGCUGGCCUGAGGGGCUUGGGAAGGCCCCCUCCCCAGGCCUUGGACUGCCCUACAUGGAAGCAUUCCUCAGCCUCUGCCCCUCACUGCAGCCCCUUGGGACUUGAGGGGGGGCCCCCAGGGGUUCUCAGGACCCCUCCUGCCACCUCCCAGUGCUUCCAUGUCUCCAAAAGCGCCUUCCUGUCACCCUCGUCUGUCCCUGUGCCUGGGGGCUGGGGUAGGCGAGGCUGUGGAGACUGCCCAUUUUACAGCUGGGGAAACUGAGGCUCAGAGAAAUUGCACAACUGACCUAAGAUGGAGGGCCCAGUGCCCAUUCUCCUCUCCCCUGCCUCUGUUGUCCCCCAUUGGUUCCCUGGGGCCUGAGAGAGGCAAGUCCUAAGGAAGGGGGUUUUUGGGGGAAGAUGGGAGGGCCUCAGAGGUUAGGAGGAGAGGUAUGAAGGGCUGGCAGAGUGCGUGCGUGUGUGUGUGUGUGUGUGUGUGUGUGUGUGUGUAGAAGUUUUGCUUUCAGACAAAUGAAGAUUUAAAGAAGCAGUAGGGGGUUCCUUCCCUCCAUUCUCCUCACCUCACCACAACACACCACACCCCACCCCACGGCAGGGCUCCAGGCCUCCACAACCCCCUGUACAUAAUUUUUAAGACCUUUUUUUAGCGAAUGAACUAUUGAAGUAUAAAAUCUCUUUUAUUUUUCAAACCAAUGGGACUGUGUCCAAUGUCCCCCUCGGGCCUGGGCUGAGGAAGGCAGGCUGGGAUGUGGGUGCUGGGGGCAGGCUGAAUGUGUACGCAUGUGUAGGUGUGUGUUUCUGUGGUGGGGCCCCAGUCCCAGUGGCCACCUAGGCUCCUGUGGGUCUGCUCAGCUUCUCCUUCUCUUGUCCCUUGUCCCUCUCCGCCAACAGGGCUACAGUUUAAAGGGUGUCCCAGGUAUUGGCCAGAUGGCUUCUCCUAGGGCUGGACAGGGUCAGGCCCACUUCCAUUGGUAGGAUUUGUUUGCAGAAUUUUCUCUCUUACCUUUUCUUUUCUUUUCUUUUUUUUUUUUGAGACAGAGCCUCAAGGUUUAGCCCUGGGGAGAGUGCUGUGGCAUCACAGCUCACAGAAACCUCUAACUCCUGGGCUCAAGCGAUUCUCCUGCCCCCGCCUCCCAACUAGCUGGGACUACAGGCGCCCGCCACAAUGCCCGGCUAUUUUUUGGUUGUAGCCGUCAUUGUUGUUUGGCGCCCAGGCUGGAUUCAAACCCUCCAGCUCAGGUGUAUGUGGCUGGCGCCUUAGCCGCUUGAGUCACAGGCGCAGAGCCUUACCUUUCCUUUUUAUUUUAUUUUUUUUUUCUUACCCAGAGAGUAUUUUUAUUUUUUUUAGUUUUACAUGUUGUGAACAUGGAGGGCUUUUUUCCUACUCACUAUUUCCCCACAUGGGUUGUCAUUUCACUGUCUCACAGGUGUGUUCCUGGCCUUUGUCCUCCUUCCCCAUCUCCCAUCACACCUAGUGGCCUCUGUAAAGAGGUAGCGCCCCAACUAGACUCUCUGAGUCUGGUUUGGAGACCAUCUGCCUGACCCAGCAGCUCUGCCUGCCUGCUGGGGGUCCCUUCUAACAUCUGCAUGCUGCAGGGGUCAGUCCGGGGUGUCGGUGUCCUGGUGCUCUGCUGUCCUGGCCCAGCCUCAGCACCUUAGCCCCCAGCCACCUGUCCUGGAGGGGGGGAGUCGACACCCCCAGCUAAAGCACAAGCACCUUAGUCACCCUCCCUCUCCUUCCCUUGCCCUCCUAGCCUGACAUCCCACCCCAGCAUUGAUUUCCCAAAGCACAAUAUCCUGGUCACUUGGCAGCAGCUAUGCCUGAUGGGGGUAAGGAGUGGGCAGGACCUCCAGUCAGACCCCCAAAAGGAAGCAGGAGUUCCCAGGCAUACCCUCCUUCCAGGCCUUAGUGGGGUGUGAGGGGGGGCAGCUGUCUGGGACCAGGGGGUCGUCUUCUUCCCCAUCCCCUUGUCCUGGUGAGGCUCCUGCCUCUUCCUCGGGUGGGACUUGCCCCUGUCUCUUCUUUGAGCGCUGGGUUGGGUGGCAGAGCCCACUUGUUUCAGGGACCCCAGGAGGUGCCCCAGGCUCCCGGGACUGUGUGUGUGGGUCUAGUGGGGGGUGGAGGGUUGGGGGUGGGGAAGAGGGUCUGGGCAGGGGGUGCAGGGGAGGAUACUCCUCACCAGGAGAGCCAAAGACAGGGUUGUGCCUUACCCCAGGAGCUUCCCCACCCCUCUUGCCCUGCCAUCCUCUCCACCCAGAACAGCCUGCUGCUUUUCCCUUCUUUUCCUGCCCUGCCCUGCUCUGAGCUGCAUGUCCCUUCACCCUGGGCGGCCAGGAAGGAAUAGGAAUGGGGAAUCAUUAGAAAAAGACUGGGGCCCCCCUGCCCAGCUUUGCUUCCCUGGCCCUCACUCACCUACACCUCUUUCACAUGGGACAGGCCACCCACCCUGUCCAUGUGAAGUGCCAACACCGUCCCUGCCCUGGGCCGAACCCCUACUCCCUCCCUGGGCCCCCAUGUGAGAUUGCACAUUAACUACUGUAAGGAGAGGAGAGGUGUUGGCAAAUGUGAACCAUGAGAAUAUCAGUGAUACUGAUGAGAAUAAACUAAACGCCUUUGUAACAGC